AGGUGUAUAUAAGGGUAUCUCAAAGGCAGCCCAGCUACACCGAGAUUCCAUACCGCGAGCACCAUGCUAAAGCAGGUUUAUGCCGCUCUCAUUUUUACUGCCUUAAUCACUGUUUAUGAUGCCCAACGCUUCAACUUCACCCGCUUUGUGCUUAAUUAUAAUGUUACGAAGUUUAUGAACACAACAAUGGAAAUAUGGACGUACAAUACCACAAGCACGUCACAUCGCGAGUGUCUUGUGGAUAAUGUGGUUAAUAUAACAACCGAAGAGGUGUUCUUCAACAGAUCCUAUAGGGAAAGCGGAAACUGGAGCCAGUCUCUCAAGAAAGGAACGUUUGAAGCAAAGGACCCAAGUUUGAUGAUUGUUGGCCCUCCAGAUAUGAUGGCGGACGACUCUGAGACGCUGGAGUAUGCAGACAACAACUACACGUGCGGAAUCUUCCGCGUACGGGCUGCUUUCAACCUAAAAAUCACACAUCCAGGUCGUGGUGGGUGGUAUGACCUAAGGUUUAAGACCAGUGGGAGACCAGCAAAACCAGAAAAACCGGGGCAGGAAUGCUUGGACCGAUUUCAAAAGACACACCCAGGAAGCCACCUCGUAUACUACUACAACUGUACCAGUUUUCAAGGAUAGAUCUUAGGACGCUCACGCGGGCCACUCGUGAACCACGUCUGCUGGCGAAACCCAAAUUAUUAUCAAAAAUAUGAAUAGAGUGCAAUUUCGUAGGGAUGAAAAAAUCACAUGUACACUGUACCUUUAUGGAAGUACUGUGAGAUUUGUUCUCUCUCGGUACCUUGUUGCAUUGUACUCACUCACUACUGACAAUAAAACUGGUAUCUAA